AUGUUUGGUCGUGCCAACCGCCGGGGGAACAAUCCUUCCUCUCCCACGCGGCGCGGAAGCGUGGCGCCGCUGGGCGACGUGGUUGCCUCCACCUUUGCUAACGUUGACCUGCGCCUCACAAAGUCUGCCAUGGCAGACUAUUCGAAACGGUGUGAAACCAUGUCACGUGAGAAUGUUUUGCUGCGGAAUCAGCUGGAGGAGCACGAGUCCGACUCGAUCAAGGUGGUGCAGCACCUGAAGGAGAAGCUGCAGUGCGCGGAGGCGGAGGUAAGCGAGCAGCGGGGCGAGAUUGAGCGUCUUCUCGCGGAGAGUGCGGAGGCGGAGGAGGCUCUGCGACACCAGUACGAGCAUAUUUUAGAGGAGCGGGAUGCGCAGAUGACGCAGUACGCCGCCAUUGUCCAGCGACUGCAGACAGAAUUGAAGGCGGCCGCGCAGCAGGUGCAUGAGCGGGAGCGGCACCGGCUUGAGCUGCAGCGGCUGCACGACGAGAUUGAGGACAUGCGAACACGCCACGACGGCGAGAUUGCCGCACUGCGUUUUCAAACUGUGGACCGCAAGAUGCGGCUAGUUGCGCUGGAGGAGAUGAUGCGGGAAUCGUUCAAGACGCAGGUGGAGAAGGAGUCCGAAAGACUACUAGAGGCGAAGUCCAAGGCGCUGCUAGAGGACCAUGAGUCGCUGCAGUACGAGCGGGUUCGGCUGACACAGGAAAUUGAGGAACUGGUGCAACUCACGACGGUGAAGAACACGGAGUGUGCCGAUGUCAGGCGGAAGGGGGAGCUGCACCAACACGCCUGCGAGGAGGCACUGCGACGCAUUGUGCUGGGCAAUCGUCGCGCACGGGAGUCUGAGGUAAAAACGCAGCGGUUAGAGCGGCGCGUGAAGGAGCUGAUACAAGAGAAACAAGCGAUCCGGGACGAGCUCUCGCGCCAGUACGAGACACAGAUACAAAACUUGGAAAAGACGCUUGCCGAGACGCGCAGCUCGCUGCAGUCACACCGCGUUGAGCUGCAGCGACUGCGCCACGUUGCCUCGACCAUAGUGGACCAGCGCUCUGACCUUGAGAGGUUUUUUUACGUGGCGCUCGAAGACGUGCGGCGGAUGCGGUCGAGGGCGCCGCGACGGCCACCAUUGGGCCCCCCGGUGCAGCUGCCAUCCCUCCCCGCCGCCGACGGCGGCAGCGGCGUCCACCCGCAGAAGCAGCAGCAGACUCCGCCGGCGGCAGGGAUGCGGGUGCCCUCCCCUGUGGCGGUGAAGGGCACAACCUUCCUAACGGAGUCGCCGGUAAGUGCUCCUGCCAUGGGCUUAGCCAGCGCCACACCUUCUGCUGUGGCCGUGAACACAACGGUUGCUUCGUCGACGCGGCCCUCGUCCUCUGUGGCGGUGCCGUCACCGCCCCCUGGAGCGGCACCGCGGCGGCGGGGUGGCGGUAGCGCAAGGCCGACGCGCGAUGCCACGAGUAGCAGCAACGGCGUCUUCAUCAACCUCGGUGAGGGCGGUGAGGGGGUGUACCUGAGCGACCUGUCGUGGGAAGACAAGGAGAAGAUCAUCAAGGCGCUCCUCUUCUUCAUCAACCAGACAUGCUACCAAAGGCUGCCAGGGGGCCAUGCGGCGAAGCGGGAACCGACACCGAUGGAGGCCUAG